AUGAGCCCCGCGGACCCUCUUGAUGAUGAAAGUACGUUUAAAAUCUUAGUAGCCACGGAUAUUCAUCUUGGAUUUAUGGAGAAAGAUGCAGUCAGAGGAAAUGACACAUUUGUAACACUCGAUGAAAUUUUAAGACUUGCCCAGGAAAAUGAAGUGGAUUUUAUUUUGUUAGGUGGUGAUCUUUUUCAUGAAAAUAAGCCCUCAAGGAAAACGUUACAUACCUGCCUCGAGUUAUUAAGAAAAUAUUGUAUGGGUGAUCGUCCUGUACAGUUUGAAAUUGUCAGCGAUCAGUCAGUCAACUUUGGUUUUAGUAAGUUUCCGUGGGUGAACUACCAAGAUGGCAAUCUCAACAUUUCAAUUCCAGUGUUCAGUAUCCAUGGCAACCACGAUGAUCCCACAGGGGCAGAUGCACUCUGUGCCCUGGAUAUUUUAAGUUGUGCUGGAUUUGUAAAUCACUUUGGACGUUCAAUGUCCGUGGAAAAGAUCGAUAUCAGCCCAGUUUUGCUUCAAAAAGGAAGCACAAAACUUGCACUAUAUGGUUUAGGAUCCAUUCCAGAUGAAAGACUCUAUCGAAUGUUUGUCAAUAAAAAAGUAACAAUGUUGAGACCAAAAGAAGACGAGAACUCUUGGUUUAACUUACUUGUGAUUCAUCAGAACAGGAGUAAACAUGGAAGUACAAACUUCAUUCCAGAACAAUUUUUGGAUGACUUCAUUGAUCUUAUUAUUUGGGGCCAUGAACAUGAAUGUAAAAUAGCUCCUGCCAAAAAUGAACAACAACUCUUUUAUAUAUCACAACCUGGAAGUUCAGUGGUUACUUCUCUUUCUCCAGGAGAAGCUGUAAAGAAGCAUGUUGGUUUGCUGCAUGUUAAAGGGAGGAAGAUGAAUAUGCAGAAGAUUCCUCUUCACACAGUGCGGCAGUUUUUUAUGGAGGAUGUUGUUCUGGCUAAUCACCCAGACAUUUUUAACCCAGAUAACCCUAGAGUAACCCAGGCCAUACAAAGCUUCUGUUUUGAGAAGAUUGAAACAAUGCUAGAAAGUGCCGAACGGGAGCGUCUGGGACAUUCUCGACAACCAGAGAAGCCUCUUAUACGACUGCGAGUGGACUAUAGUGGAGGCUUUGAACCUUUCAGCGUUCUUCGCUUUAGCCAGAAGUUUGUGGAUCGGGUAGCUAAUCCAAAGGACGUCAUCCAUUUUUUCAGGCAUAAAGAGCAAAAGGAAAAAACAGGAGAAGAGAUCAACUUUGGGAAACUUAUCACAAAACCUUCAGAAGGAACAACUCUAAGGGUAGAAGACCUUGUAAAACAGUAUUUUCAAACCGCGGAGAAGAACGUGCAGCUCUCACUGCUAACGGAAAGAGGGAUGGGCGAAGCAGUGCAAGAAUUUGUAGACAAGGAGGAGAAAGAUGCCAUCGAGGAAUUGGUGAAAUACCAGCUGGAAAAAACUCAGCGAUUUCUUAAAGAAUGUCACAUUGAUGCCCUGGAAGACAAAAUCGAUGAAGAGGUUCGUCGUUUCAGGGAAAGCCGGCAAAAAAAUACUAAUGAAGAAGAUGAUGAAGUUCGGGAGGCUAUGAACAGGGCUAGAGCACUCAGAGCUCAGACAGAGGACUCCGCCUUCAGUGCCGAUGACCUGAUGAGUGUAGACUUAGCUGAGCAGAUGGCUGAUGACUCUGAUGACAGCAUCUCGGCAGCAGCGAACAAAGGAAGAGGCCGGGGAAGAGGACGAAGAGGAGGAAGAGGACAGAAUUCAGCACCGAGAGGAGGGUCUCAGAGAGGAAGAGCAAGCACUGGCCUGGAAACUUCCACUCGUGGCAGGAGCUCAAAGGCCACUGUGUCGACAUCUAGAAAUAUGUCUAUUAUGGAUGCCUUUAAAGCUACAAGACAGCAGCCCUCCCGAAACGUUGCCCCUAAGAAUUAUUCAGAGGUGAUUGAGGUAGAUGAAUCAGAUGUGGAGGAAGACAUUUUUCCUACCACUUCAAAGACAGAUCAAAGGUGGCCAAGCACAUCAUCCAGCACACGCACGACUCAGAGCCAGAGAGCCAAGGGGGUCCAUUUUGAAUCAGAUGAGGAUGACGACGAUGAUCCUUUUAUGAACAUUAGUUCUUUCAGUAGAAACAGAAGAUAAUGUAUUGAAUGGACAUUUUCAAGAUACAGGAAAAGUCAAAACAUUGAAAGCAAAGAAUGUCCAGUUGAAGAUUUUUGAAGUAUUAUUGUUAAUUGAAGAAGUUGAAAAAGACUUCAUGGAGAAACAAAUGUAUAAGAGUGUAUCUUUAAGUGUCACUUCUUGAACACGAUUCCAUGUUUUAGGAAACGGCCCAGCUCAGGACGCUGGCUCUCCUUACUGUUCAGGCUGGUUGUUACAGUGAGAGCUUUGUUUCAUUCUUGAGUGAACAUCAAAUUAGUUGCCAUUGUCCAUUUCUGCUUCACGAUAAAAACUGUGUCAUUACAUUGGUUGUAUUUUGUUUUUCAGAGAAAGGGUCUGGCUCUGUCACCCAGACGAGGGUCACUGGCACUGUCUGUAGCUCUCAGUAGCUCACUCAGCCUGGAACUCCUCUCGCCUGUGUCAUUCCCUUGAUGUGGUCGCAUUCAGCCGAAGUUGGGAGAAAGGGCUUAUAAAGCGUGGCCUGCUUGCACUUUUAAUAAUUUCCUAGAGGCUCUGGAUGUGCUGAAUAUGUAAAACAACCUGUGUGCGACUGUGCCUGUGCUCACAGCUUGUUGCUCGGUGUGUGCUUUCUUCCUGAUGCUCAUUGUGAGACUUGGAAUGAUAAGUACUGGAUCAUUUGAAUAGAUACUAAUUUUUAUUAAAAAGUAGAACUUCCUGUGAGAA